UGUAUCACUGUACUGCACGCUAAAGACCCCAGGCUAGCAGCUUGUACUGCACUGGCUAAAUUUUUCAUCUACAGCUAGGUGUUCGUCAUUGUCGCUGAUUUAGCUGUCACCGCGUUUUAUUAGACCUCAUAAAAUUAACUGCAACGAUGACAUCGCCGCAAUAUGUUCGGGCGAGUCGGUCAUGACGAGAGGAACGAAAGCAAGUACAGCAAGAGAGCCCACCCAGCAAUCGAAAGAGAAAAACCCCGAAACUCCUACACUCCCCCACGUGCACUCGCGGGAACGUUGAUAACGAAACUGAAAUGUUACGAGUGACUACGGAUCGUACUCCUCGGGAAAAGGCUGUGCGGAGAACUAUUCCGGACCGCUACUACUAAAAUAGUGCCAACGUCAUAAAGUGAGGCUAGAGUUUUUCGCAGUUCCUUAAUUUUAGUGGUCUUCCCCAACUAAAACAAAAUGUCUGGAAAUCUAACACGUAAAUAAGUAACCCUUUAGUGGCACAAAACCGGAUAAAGGCAACAGACACUGUGGCAUCAUUCCAAUCCAAUCCGGUCCGAGUUCUUGUGUUCUUGCUUUCCUCCGCACGUGUCGACGACGGGAAUCACUGAUCAGUGACAUGAACUGCGUGUAUCUUGUGUCGCCGUGGUUCACACAGAGUCCCGCAGCCGUUUUAGAUAGUUAAUUUAUUUUACUUCGAUUAUUGACUAACUGGCGUCAUGUUACGAGCCUGCGGGAGUCGUAAUGAGAGACGACGUCAACUGAGAUGGGUUAGGGAGCGUGCUCUCAAUCAAACGAGGGAUAUCGAAAGACGCUCACUGGACUAUAGCAGUGUUGAAUCUCAUGAACUCCAUUCUCCCGGCAAUGGCUGCUGUGAGAGUGCCCCACCCCUGGGGUCGCCUACAGGUGAUGGUGCAUCGCGAAGUACGCCGUCGUUCCUUCAAGGAGACCCGCAGCCGCGCGCGGAAGGCUCACCAUUUGUGAGACAGAGCGCUUUUGCGGAUGACACAUUGGACGACACGGAGGAUGAGGCAACCAUUGACUCCGCAUCGCGACCGUCCUUGCAAGAAAGACUGCGAGGGUGGGUUGGCAGGCAUAAUGUGACCCACGCCGCUGUGAACGACUUGUUGUUCGUUCUGAAAGACGAGGAUCCAAGUCUGCCGGCGGAUGCAAGGACGCUGCUAGAGACGCCCAGGCAAUGCCCCAUUCGCCAGCUUUCAAAGGGGGAGUACGUGCACUUUGGAUUAAAGGCUGGCCUUAUCAAGUGUCUCUCUUCUGGAUUGGUGAUCCCAAACGCGGACACGCUCCACCUGACGGUGAACGUUGAUGGGUUACCGCUUUUCGACAACUCCAGCCAGCAAUUCUGGCCAAUACUGGCUAUGGUUUCAGAAACGAGAGAUCAAGGUCCAUUUCCUGUUGGGGUGUUCAGCUGGACAAAGAAACCAGCGAACGUACAAGAGUACCUCGAAGAAUUUGUCAAAGAGCUGAACCAAGCGCAACAAGAAGGCGUAGAAUGCCUAGGGAAGAAGUGGCAUGUUGCCAUACGCGCUGUAGUGUGCGAUUACCCCGCGAGGGUGUUUGUAAAUUGUACUAAGGGCCACACCGCUCACUACGGCUGUGACAAGUGUGUCCAGUACGGUGUAUGGAAGCACCAAAUGACAUUUCCUGAAACCAAGGCUGAACUCAGGACUGACGACUCAUUUUCUGCAGUGAAACAAGAGGAGCACCACACUGGUGUAUCCCCUUUCUCCAGCUUGGGAAUCGGCAUGAUCUCCUGCUUCCCAAUUGACUAUAUGCACGUGGUUCUUCUUGGAGUCGUCAGGAAGUUCAUAAAAUACUGGGCCACGGGGCCAUUUACUGUUCGACGAUCUGCCUCCCAGUUAGAUAUCAUCAGCGGCAGAAUCAGCAUGCUCCGUCCACACACGCCAUCAGACUUCAGCAGAAAGCUGAGGACGCUACAAGUAAGGGACCGCUGGAAGGCGACAGAGUCACGCCUAUUUCUUCUGUACGCUUGCCCUGUAGUCCUGAAGGGCAUCCUGACUAAAGAAUCGUUCCAGCACUUUAUGGCACUUCACGUCGCCAUAAGGCUCCUCUGCAUGAAAGAUUGUUCUGCUGAGCUUGUUACAUAUGCUGACCAGCUUCUAAACUACUUUGCUGAGAAGGCCUCUUCACCUGCACUCUACGGGGAAACUGUGGACGUCUAUAAUGUGCAUGGCCUGGUUCACCUAGCCGAAGAUGUUCGCAGGCUUGGGUGCCUCGACUCGUUCUCAAGUUUCCCUUUUGAAAAUUAUUUGGGAAUUAUCAAAAAGAAACUCCGUUCAGGAAACAGGCCGCUGGCACAAGUCUUCAAAAGGAUGGCUGAGCUGUCAAGUGCAGGAACGACGAGAAGGAACAAAGAUGGCGAGCUCCGUGGGGAACAUUGUGAGGGACCGGUCCCAUCAGCAUUUGAAGAUGCAAGACAAUUCCAGGAAGUCUUUCACCGAGACCAUUCUCUGAGGAGGGUGCAAGGAGACAACUGUGUAUUGCUCUCAAACAACACGUCAGCGAUCAUCGACAACAUCUUAAGUUAUGAGGGGGUCAUUUACAUUGUUGGCAGGUUAUUUGGUUCUGCAGCCGACCUAUACACCUUCCCUUGCAAAUCAAGUUUGCUUGGAGUGACAGCGGUGAGCUGUCUGUCACCUAGAUGUUCAGUGUGGAAGCUUCAGGACAUCAAAGCUAAAUGUUUCCUGUACCCUUGCGAUUCUGGCCAUGCCUGCUUUCCUAUUCUGCACUCAUCAUCUGCGUGAACAGGCUGCGCGGCUCCACUGGACCUUUUUCCGUGUGUGGCACGUGAGCCUCCACGACACACCAACUGCAUCUGAUACAUCCCCUCAUAUCAACUGAAAAGCGUGCUUGAUUCGCAGGCAUUUGACGACCCCCGGGCUGCUUGCAAUCACUUCGAGGUUUCCUGCAAGUGCCGAGAAACCCUCGACAUCUGACUGCAACACCCCUGAAGAGGCAUUUGACGACGCCUUGGCUGUUUGCAGUCACUUUGAG